AUGGCACCUAGAUUCGACCUGGUUAUUGUCAACGGCACGGUGGUGACGGCCAGUGAUAUUAGCACGUGUUGUGUCGGAAUCAAAGAUGGGAAGAUCAAGGCUCUGGCAUAUGCAUUUGACCAAGAUGAACUCGAGGGAGUCGAAAUUAUAGAUGCCGAGGGCGCAUAUGUUAUGCCCGGUGGUGUCGAUGCUCACGUCCAUCUAUGCCAAGAUUUGAAAACAGGUCCCCACGGUCUCGGCGGCGAAUGCGCCGACAACUUCGACACCGGCUCSAGAAGUGCAGUAGCCGGCGGCACCACCACAAUAAUCACCUUCGCUACCCAAACGCGCGCAGAAGAAGACCGAAGUCUUAUCAAAGUCGUCGAAGCAUACAAUGCACGCGCCGAGUCGACGGGAAGUUAUGUCGACUAUGGAUUUCAUAUUAUUAUCGUUCGCAAUGAUGCCGAUAUAUUGGAGAAUGAGCUACCAGUUUUGAUCAAAGACUGGGGCAUUAGCAGUUGCAAGCUGUUCUUGACGUAUGAAACGCAGCGUUUGACGGAUUCGCAGCUUUUGGAUGUUAUGUUCGCGGCGAGAAAACAUUCUAUUACGACGAUGAUCCACGCAGAGAACGGUGACAUGAUCGGCUGGCUGACUGAUAAGCUCGAAGCCAAAGGAAUGGUUGCACCGUAUUACCACGCUCUCUCCCGUCCCCCGAUAGCAGAAGGCGAAGCCACCAACCGAGCCAUUUCACUCGCUACACUGAUUCAGAACCCUAUUCUAUUCGUCCAUGUUGGAUCGGCGCUGGGAGCGGCCAACGUACGCAGGGCACAGACCAUGGGUCUUCCAGUCUAUGCAGAAACGUGUCCGCAAUAUUUCAACCUCACAUGGGAUGACCUUAAACGCUUUCAUUCACCUACGUGCUUCGAAAACAGCAAGAUGAUAUGCUCACCACCUCCUCCGCCAGACACAAAUGACCACGAAGACCUUUUUGUUUCACUUCAAAACGGCACCUUCACCAUCUAUUCCUCCGACCACUGCCCCUUCCGCUACGACCACCCUCACGGAAAACCAUCUGGUGUCCUCGAACACACACCCAGCAUGGAAGGCGAGAACCACGACUGCCAUGGCGAGGAACUACAGGACUUAUUACUACGAAAGAACGGUGCAUUUCGACAUGUACCCAACGGCAUCCCUGGUGUAGAAACUCGAUUGUCGUUGCUUUAUACAGGAGCGCUGCAGACGGGACGGAUUACGCCGCAGAAGUUUGUGGAGUUAACGUCUACGAAUCCUGCUAAGCUGUAUGGACUAUAUCCCAAGAAGGGGGCAUUAAUGAAUCUGCAGCCUGGCUCUGAUGCCGAUAUCGUUAUUUGGCACCCCGAGAAAUCAUUUAAACCAUUCAAUCUCACCAACUCUAUGCUUCACCACAACGUCGACUACACACCUUAUGAAGGCAAAGAGUUCACCAAUUGGCCUAGGUACACUAUCCUUCGCGGAAAAGUGAUGUGGGCCAAUGGUGAACUAAAAGGAAAGCUUCGUGAUGGACAAUACGUAAAGCGAGGACCAAAUCAGUUGAAGAAAGAUUCGCCAAGGAUGGAUAAGGAUCCACGCCGGGUUGCUACGUGGUUAUAUGAGUGA